AUGAAGGAGAAGGGGUUGGAGUUGAGUGUGGUUCUUUAUAAUACUCUCUUAGCUAUGUGUGCUGAUGUUGGCUACACUGAAGAAGCUGCUGCAAUUUUUGAAGAUAUGAAGAGUUCUGGGAAUUGCAUGCCAGACAGUUGGACAUUUUCAUCAUUGAUUACCAUAUAUUCCUGUAGUGGGAAGGUCCCAGAGGCAGAAGCCAUGUUGAAUGCAAUGUUGGAAGCAGGUUUUGAGCCAAAUAUCUUUGUUUUGACAUCACUUAUUCAAUGCUAUGGGAAAGCCAAUCGUACAGAUGAGGUUGUUAGGACAUUUGACCGGCUUUUGGAAUUAGACAUAACUCCAGAUGAUCGUUUCUGUGGUUGUAUGUUGAAUGUGAUGACCCAAAGUCCUAAGGAAGAACUUGGAAAGCUCAUUGACUGCAUUGACAAGGCUAACCCAAAGCUUGGUAAUGUGGUGAAACUUUUGCUGGAGGAGCAAAAUGGGGAAGGGACUUUUAGAAAAGAAGCAUCUGAACUCUUUGAUUCCAUUAGCGCUGAUGUAAAGAAGGCUUACUGCAAUUGCUUAAUUGAUCUGUGUGUCAACCUCAAUCUGUUGGAGAAAGCUUGUGAGCUGUUUGACCUGGGGCUUACACUUGAGAUAUACAUAGAUAUACAGUCUAAAUCAUAUAUAUGAAGUUAUUUGACAAUGUCG